GUCCCAAAGGGGUUGAAACACACGUGUGCGCUCACAACGUUUGUGAACGUCACGCUCUCGGCGACGCUGCGCCGCAUCGAUCUCGCGGGCUGCCACUUGACCAAAAUGCACUUGAGCCGAGACUCGUACGCGGCGAUUGCCAACUUUACACUCACACGCAACAACACGGCCCCGCGCGAUGCCAACAACUUUAAAGCGACCGUCGACGACACGACGAUCAUGUCGGACCCGUCGGCGUGCGCGGCGGCCGGUGGCACCCUCACGCCGCUAUGGCCGCACUUCCAAGAGGUGACGCGCCAAGUCUACACGGUGUGCGUCACGCCCACGACCGUCGCGCCGCCGGCAGUCGCUGUGGCCACUUUGUCCACCAAAGCCAGCGGCUCUGGUACACUGUUUUGCAGUCAAGUGCCGUGGAACCCAUGGUAUACUGUAGACGUUGGACUGGCCGUCGGUGCUUCCGUCGGUGGCGUCGCGCUGAUUGGGUUUGUUGCUUUUGCGCUCAUGAAGCGCCGUCGGUCCUUGUCGCCGACGCCGACGCCCAAGACACCGGACGACAACAACGGCCAGGAGAGCGCGAUGCUCGACUCGACGUUUGCGUUCCAUACCAACACGGACGCGCCCAUGUCGACCGCCAUGCAAGAGAUUCACUCGUGGAGUCUCGACGAGCUUGCGCCCAUCAAGCUCGACGACUCGUCGCUCGAGCUCAAGAGUAUCCUCGGGUCUGGCGCGUCGGCCGACGUCUGGUUUGGCUACUACCGCGGCGACGCGGUCGCGAUCAAGCGCUUCGUGCACCGCGACUCGGCCGACGACAUGCAAGCGUUCGUCGACGAGAUCCAGCUCUUGCAACGGCUCGAGUCGCCGUACAUUGUGCGCAUGAUUGGUGCGUCGUGGACGCGUCCGACGGACCUCAAAUGCAUUCUCGAGUACAUGGACCAAGGCGACUUGCGCGAGUUCCUCCUCUACCAUACGCCCAUCGAGUUCAACUGGGUGGCCAAGACGCGCAGCUUGUGGGCGCUCGCCAUGGGCAUGACCUACUUGCACGCGAACGCGAUCAUCCACCGCGACCUCAAGUCGCGCAAUGUGCUUCUGGAUUCGAAGAAGGGCACGAAACUCACCGACUUUGGCGUUGCCCGCGUCGACGUGCAAGCGACGAUGACCGCCGGCGUCGGGACGUUCCGCUGGAUGGCGCCCGAGGUGCUCAUGUACGGCCGCUACUCGGUCGCCGCCGACAUUUACUCGUUCGGAAUGCUGCUCUCUGAGUAUGACACGCACGCAAUCCCGUACGACGACAAGAUCAACCCGACGACGGGCAUGCCGCUCGUGGACACGGCCAUCAUGGCGCGCGUCCUCGAAGGCUCGAUCCAACCGACGUUCUCGGCGAGCUGCCCCGACUGGAUCUACAACAUGGCCAUGGCCUGCCUCAAAUUUGACCCGGACGAGCGCCCGACCGCGUCCGAGCUCGUCGACGUCUACAUUGCGCCGCAUCUCACGCACUAG